UUCUGAAAUCGAUCGAAGAGAGAAGCAAAAUUUGCUACUCAAAUUCGUAUCAUGGGAGACCGCUCUAGAAAAUCAAGGCACCGGAAAACCUCACCGGAAUCCUCACCAUCCACAACGUCGUCCUCCGCCGCGAAUUCAUCAUCAUCCGACGACCAGCUCGAAUCUUCGUCCAAAAUCCGCAAACGACGCCGUGGCGGGGCCCGCGACCGAGAGGAGAAGCGGAGCGGUAAAAAAUCACGAAGAGAUGAUAAUGAUAGGAGCAAGAAGAAGAAGAAGAAAAAACACAGCAGAAGAGACAAAAGGAGAGAGAGGAAGAAGAGGAAAUACGAUUCAGAUGACGAGAGCGGGUCCGGGUCCGGGUCGGAAUCCGAGUCGGAGAGUCCGGAGGAUGUGGCUAAGUACAUACUGAAGGAAUUUCCUGCCGUUGCUGGGGAUUUGGAGCAGCUUUUGCGAAUGAUUGACGAAGGACAAGCUGUUGAUAUAAGGGGAUUAUCUGAGAAGCUGUUGGUCAAGCAACUCCGAAGGCUGUUCAUAUCCUUAAACCUCAAAGUAAAUGGUGAUAAAGUCUUUCUACUGCCACAUAAAGCGAGCCCCACGCUGGAGGUUGUUGGUCCCAUCAUACGCUCUUUUAUGCAAACUCAAAAGAAGCUUGAUCACUUAGAUUCACAGAGAGAUGCACACUCGGUGCCGCCAGAUUCGGAGAAGGGACAUUUGACUGGCAAUGUGGAAGAUACAAAGGAAGAUUCUGUUGGACCAAGAAGAAGGGUCAUUGGACCUGAAAUGCCGUCCGCUGAAUUACUUGUGGCAGCAGCCAAGCUAACAGAAGCAGAAGCUGAACUGAGAGAAGCUGAGUUGGACGAAGACACUGGAUUAUUUAUUGGACCUCCACCUCCUGCUGUGGUCAAAGAAGCUGAGUCUUCAAAUGAAGCGGAGCGCUUUGAAGAGAUUACCAGAAUAGUUGGUGCCGAGGAAGAUAGUCCAUAUGAUAUUCUUGGGGUCAACCAUAAUAUGGCAGCAGAAAACAUGAAGAAAAGGUACUGGAAAUUGUCAUUAAUGGUCCAUCCUGACAAGUGCUCUCACCCUCAAGCACAACAAGCAUUCGUUAAGUUGAACAAAGCAUUUAAGGAUUUACAGGAUCCUGAUAAGCGAAAAGCACUAGACGACAAAAUAAAGCAGAAGGAGGAACAAGAAGCAUUUAAGGCAGAGCUGAAAUCCUUGCGCGAGGCUGCUCAAUGGAGACGACUUCAAGGUAUAUCCAUGGAGGGUGAUGACAUACUCCUGGCAGAGAUGGACAUAAAAGCUGCACCAAAGAGAGAUGAAUGGAUGACCACAUUACCCCCAGAAAGAAAAGCUGGCGGCGUGUCCAUGCAUUCAACAAGAAGCUUCAGUAAGACCGCUAAAGAAGGACGUGGUGACACAAGUGCUUGGACAGAUACACCUUCAGACAGAGCUCAGAAAGCAAAGAUGAAUUAUCUAGAAGCAUAUAACGAGGCUGCAGCACUUGCUUCAAAUGAGCAAGACAAGAAAAGAGUGAACCCUGAUGCAGAAUUGGUAGAUCAGUACAAUAAAGCAAAACGGUCUAAAUCUUUGGUAGAAAAGCAUAACGAGUCGAUCAGGAAAAUUUCGAAGAAAAAGUCAAAGGGGGAAGACGCUGCGAAAGAGACGGGGAAAGAGGAGUGGGAGGGAAAUCAUCCGUGGAAGCCGUGGGACCGCGAAAAAGAUUUGACAGCUGGCAGACUGAACGUCAAACUUGACGCUGACAACAUGUCUCAGGGUCUCACUUCCAGGUUUUCUUCUGGAACCUUCCAAAGAAAUUUCCUUUAACGCGCAUGGAUAUGCUAUAGAUUUUAUAUUUAUAGAGUUGCUAUUUAACUUUGUGUGAUUGUAUCCCCACCUGUAGAAAUAAUUCCUAUGUUCCUAUUUUAACUUAUUUGAAAUAAUUUCUUUUCAGUUUUAUAUGAAAACCAUGUUUAGAAUGCAGAAUGAAGAAAAAGGUUUUCUGCACCCCUGA